UUUGCUGUCGAUUGUGAUAAGCUUAACUGUAUCACUGAACUGUUCACUGUAACACACUCUCUGCUCUACCUUCCUAAAGAAUCCGACUCCCGUUAUACUGUUUCCUGCUACUGUUCAUAUUACCAUAAUGGCAGCCCAAAAUACGACAGUCCCGCCCCGCAGCAGAACCCAUGCAUAGAGACCUGCACCGGUGCCUGGUCACCUACACAGCCUUGCACGACGAUCCCCAGUCGACGUUCGAAACCUGUACUCGCCAGUGAACACAAGCCCACUCCACUGAUCCAAGUUCCGUUUCACGUGUCCCCUUAGGCAAUUUCUUCGCACUCCAAGGUCCCAGAUAGUUUUUUAUUGUUGUUCGUAGUGGUCGCCUAGUGACCACAUUCAUCGAGUGAAACUGGAUACUUACUGACUGUGUCGACGAGCCUCCGAGUUGACACCAAACUGAGGGAGUACUUUUACAGAUAGAGACUCCAGCAAAACACAAGCGGAAGUGAGCCCACAGAGUUCUACCUCCAUGAUACAGAGGCACACAGGCAGUCAUAUGUGCCCCUGGAUAGGACCAAAAUUUCCUGCAGCUACUUCCUUAAUUACCUUGGUGUCUCCCUCUUCCCGUCACUGUCAUUUAUGCAGCACUGCGCGGACCUGUGAAAGUCGUUUGGUUCUAUCCUAAAUCAACUGCACUACAUUCUUGCAAAAAAACUGGGGAGGAAAUGUAGACAAACAAAACAACGCUGCAAUUUCUCUUGGUUAUUGAGCUGUCGCAUAUUGUGCUAAAGCGUGGGAGAAUGGCACUCACACAGUUAAGACGUAAGGAGCCAUGUUGACUCUUAAUGACAUUGCUACAACAGCUCCCACUUAGGGGUUGCAUGUUCUGUCAAAUUUUGUCCCUGCUAAUCUCACAAUCAAGGAUGCCAAGGUACUAAUUCCUAAGACAGGGUGCAAAAAAGUAUUCAGUCCAAUUGAGUAAGGUAGCGCAGUAUGGUCUUUCUUGUCAGGAAAGACCAAGAUUCAACCUCAUCCAAAUGGCACGAGAGAGACAUGGCAACGUCUUGAAAUCGUGGUCUUAUAGUGGAAGUGCUGCUCGUGACUAUGGCGCCGAGGAGCAGACGGUGAGCCAUGUUGUGGGGGAGCGCCCACUCCAUGCCUUUGAAGGCGGUCUGCUGUGCUUGUCCAUCAUAGUUCUGGCUAAUUGUUUGUAUGUGAAUUCUUGUAUUUCAUCAGAAAUGAUCAGUUCGCCAGAAUAUGUUAGCAGACUCGCAUACCAGCCGUGAUGUACGCAACAAUUCCUGUCUGACACCUCGAUUCGUCUCUAAUGGGCUGGCGACCUCCAUCAAUGGGAAACGUAAAAGCUGGAGAAGGGCAAGUUCAGUUUAGUUUUCACUAUUCUAGUCUACAAAAUACAGUCAAGUUUCAGAAUAUGAUCUGUCACAUAAGCUGACUCCAUUUUAUUUUGAAAGAUUGAACAACAUGGAAUGGAACGUGACAGCGCUGCAAGCGGAUGAUCUGAGGCAUCAUAUCCUGUCCCAGUCAGCGCAUGCUGUUCGACGCAUCACAAGAGCCACGGCCAGCAGGGUGAGAUGUGAGUGGGAGCGUCAUAAUCAGUUUAAGUGGAGGAAUAAACCUGGACUGCAGGUCCAGGCGGCUGUUUUCCGGGAGCGACUCUCCAGCUACUGGCGGGACUUGGCGCAGCUGCUCUCACUCGGUGCCACGCACGCCUCGCAGCUGUUGGUUCCCCUCGCAUUCGAACGAAUGGGUAACAACGCAAGUGAUCAGCAACUCCACGGUUGGGUUAAGGACAUGGAACGUGUGAAAGACAUGCUGCGCACGAAAUUAACCGGAUGGGUACAUGACAUGCAAUUAGCCAGCAAACAGGUGGAGCACUACGAGAUGGAAGAAGACAAGGACGGGCCAGGGAACUUGAUAAUCAGGCGGCCGCUGUUGAGUGAACGCCUGCUGCGCUAUCAGCCGUGGAGCCUCUCCUCUGACGACGACUUCAGUGCGCUGUGCAAGGAGCGGCAGCCAGAGGCGUCGCAAAUGUUCAGCCUCGCUGACGAACUGUACGCCUUCCAUCGUGUCUCCUGGUACAAUGCAGCUGACUACAUCUAUUCAUUCUACGAAGAUGACUUCAAGAUUGUAGACGAGGAGUGGCAGGUGGAGGACAGAAGCCACGCUACGCUCUCCGUGGACACUGACUGCGUGCAGCUGUUGGUGAACGCCCUGGACCACCCCACGUGUCCGCUGGAAGACCUGCCACUGGAAGCCGUGAAGCAGCGCGAGCGGUGCCGCGAGCAGCUGUGGGACGACGUGGUGCAGAGGUCGCCCCACCUACCCGUCACCAGCUACCUGGCCUACACGCAGAGGAUAAACGUCAACCUCUGUCUGCUGGCCUGGAUGGCUGUCAACUCGUACGGCAUUUGUCAGGACGUCCCGUUUAGUAUGAUACAAUGUAUUCUUGUGUUCGCCAUCUCAGGCUUCCUAACCAGCUACUACCUGCUGAAGUAA